UUUAAAAAAUAUGGAAGUUGUCAUCAAAAGAGAAGUAUUUUUAAAAUGUUAGGAUGUUGGAUAUUGUGUUACUGAUGCUGUUCGUCUCACAUAUUGAGAUCAUUAUCAGCUGCUGCAGGAGUCUACUUGACAUCAUUGCUCAUAAACAGGAGAUUCAUCACUCUUUGUUCUGAGACACAUUGAAGAUAUUAGGGAUGGAUGCAUGGACAGCAGGGAAAAUCAUUCUUCUCAGUUUUCUCUUGAAUGGUGUUGGGUGUAUAAUCCCACAUAUCAAUCUACCAGAGAAGAUUGACGCUUUGAAUGGAUCUUGUGUGCUUAUAAACUGCACAUUUGAUGCCUACAUCACAAAAGUUUAUAACUUUAGUGCUCAAGUAAUUUGGAGUACAAAUAAUACUCAGAGUAUAGUGCUUAAUUCCAGUAUGUUGAGCCCUAACCCUUUUUUUAAAGGACAAAUGCUUGGAAAAUUAUCGGAGAAGAACUGCACAACAAUCUUUUAUGACAUGCGUUCAAAUCACAGUGGUACAUAUAAGCUCGCAAUCAUUAAUGGAAGUGAAAAAACGAGUAAUAUGUAUGCAAAUGUAACUAUAAAUGUAAUUGAGUCUCCUCCUCAUCCCACAGUAAGGUUAUAUACACAAAAGAUGGAACUAAUGCAAACCAUCGAGGUGCCGGAGGGGAGCUCUGUGAUUCUUCGUUGUUCGGCUAAGACUCUCUGCUCCUCUUUUCCACCACUUCUUACAUGGAGUUCCUACCCCAUGCUUCCCUAUAAUGGGAGCAGCAUACCGCAAGAGAAUCAAACUGAGCUCAUCUCUGAUCUGAACUUCACUGUUACUCCCCUUCAUCACAGAGCCAAUUUUACCUGCACCAUUACCUACCAGCUACAGGACAAGAACAAAACAGCACAAAACAAUUUCACUUUAUAUGUUCAGUAUGCACCCAAAAUAUCCCCCUCAUCCAGUUGUAAGGGUACAGAUGUGACUGUCUGUUUCUGUGAGGUUCAUGGGAACCCUUCUCCUAAACUGAUAUGGUAUCUGUCUGAAAGUCCUGUCUCUAACUCUUCAUGUACAUCCAUUAGUGAAGAGCAACUGGAUAGCACAGGCUUCAGGAGUUUCUUUACCCUAUCUUGCGCCCACAAAGCCAACCCCACUGUGUUGUGUGUAGCUACCAACAUGCAAGGCAGUGCCAGCCAACAGUUUUAUCUCGUUCCACCCUUUGCACAAAGCGAACAGAAAGCCCUCCAGGUCCUCUUAGCACUGAUGGUCAUUCUUUAUGCUCUUACUGUUGGAGUUGCCCUCUACAAAUUUAAACAGAUGUCCACCAAGCUCAAGGCUAAAAGAAAAGCAGAAUCACAUGUCCCUGUUGAACUCAACGCUUCAGACAAUAUCUAUGAAAAUGUAAAAAUUUAAAUAAAAUUUACAUACAAUUGUAAAAUAUAGUUUUUCCUCUAGGCUAAUAACGAUGUCAGUAACUUUGAAGCAGGAGGGGCAACCUGUAAUAUAAAGUUUUGUUAUUGUAACCUACUUCAGAACAGUGAAUAUAAAUCAUGAUGCUUUGAGAAACAAGUGUAAAGGGAUGCAAAAGCAUAAAGAUUGUGAAUAUGAUCGGAAGAAGCAUUUUCAGAGAUUCCAAACUGUUCUAUUGUCUUUAUUAUUAUUAUUAUUAUAUUUUAUAUUUGACAUAAUGUUUAUUGAUGUAUCGAUUUGAGGCUCAUUGUAAUAUGAAACUAGCACAUGUUACUAUCAAACAAAUAAAACGUAUUUAAACUGUCAAAUUUUCCCCCAGCUUUAUUUAAUUAUUUAAUCAAUAUUUUGUUAUGUAAUGUAGGAUAUGAAUGCAGUUAAUCUAGUUGCAGACAUUGAAUUCUGCAGUCUUUGGUCCAUAUGCCACCUACAGGCUUUUUAAGUGAACUACAGGAUAUUAGGCCAAGAACACACAUUUAUCCUUAUUACAAUGGCACUUAUUUACUAAUGCAAUAAUAAAAAUGAUUAAUAAACAUUAUAGAAUUGAGGAAAUGCUUUAAAGAAAAUAUAAAACCUACAUCGAUACCUAUGCACACACUCGAAAUCGAAACAUCUUUAUUUAACACAGGACAGCCAACACGGACGAAUUCACUGGUGUGCAGACUGAUCGAAAUAUGACAUCAGAGCACCGCGAGAGCAAGUCGAAUGUUAAAAAGGCCCGCCUUUACCAUUGUUCUCGCGAUACUCUGAUGUCAGUCUGCGCACCUACCAAUAAAGUCGAUCACACAAAGCGUCAAGGUCUGGAUGAUAAGCAGACCUGCCCGAUUUAAGGUAAGCAGAUACCCUCAGAAACCUGUGCAGAUUUAAAUACCCGUCAUUGACAAGCAUUUAUACCACGCAUGUGAAUGUUUGCGAGCACAAGAAGUCUGCGUAAUGUUGCUGUGACAGUUUUUUAAUAAAUGGAAGUAAAUAAAGAGUUUGACAUCUAUAAAAAUUAGUAUAUUUAUAUACAGAAUAUAGUAAUAUGUCUUGACAAAAAAUAUAUAUUUUUGUGAUUGAUUUGUGACAAAUCAUCACUUUAUGCUUCUCCUCUUUCUCAAUGGAUGAACUGAAUAAAAUCUGCAGUUAUAUACAUUUUACAAAAAGCAGUCAUUAGA